UUUCAGUAUACCUCAGCUCUCACCUAUGAUGCUGUUCAAGUGAUGACAGAAGCUUUCCGUAAUUUGCGUAAACAGAGGAUUGAGAUCUCCAGAAGAGGAAAUGCUGGAGAUUGUCUUGCAAAUCCAGCUGUGCCCUGGGGUCAUGGUGUAGAAAUAGAAAGGGCAUUGAAACAGGUUCAGGUGGAAGGUCUGUCAGGGAAUAUAAAGUUUGAUCAGAACGGAAAGAGAAUCAAUUUUACAAUAAACGUCAUGGAGCUCAAAAGUACAGGUCCUCGGAAGGUAAUUCGAAUUCUGUUCUUAAGGGUUUUACCAUGCUAAGCAACGUUUUAAGGUAGGUAA